CUGGUCACUCCCAACCUACCUGUUGCAACCCAAUGCUGCUAAUGGCCUAGCAGAAUGAAGGCAUUGCUAUGUCUCUCGAAUUCCUUGCGUUUUCGUGUCACCCAUUUGUGAUCCUUUGCCUUUGAGCUGCGCGCUGGCGUUUGCAGGGACUAAUAAACACUCCCUCAUAUUCUCUCCAUGACCGCAUUCCGGAUUCAUCAGAUCCUGUUUUAUUCAACUAGAACGUCGAGUCCUUACUGUGACGACUGCCGAGGAACACACGGCCCCGCAGUUGUGUGACGAAUAAAAUGUCCCCCCCCUACAGGCCGCACCCCCUGCGGCAAUCACAGACUACCGCCGACUACCCCGUCUGCCGACAGCCUUCGAAUGCAUCUUCAUCGGCAUCCUCAGGUUAUUCAAACUCCUCGUCCGGGGCUUACGAAUUCGGCCGGUCAUCCAUGUCCUCUUCGCCCUCCAGCACCUAUUCCAGCCGUGGACACAAGCGCGGCCAAAGUGAGGUCAUCCGCCGGCCUCCCACGUUUCACUCAUCGCAAAGUCACCCCGCCACACCAAUGCCCGAGAACAUCUACCACGCGGCGCGGCAGUCACUCAGGCCGCUGCCCCAAGUCCCGCGCCCAACAACCCCGCCGCGCGCUCCAGUUCGCCAUGACCGCGGCCACAGUGUUGACAUUGGGAAGCUGUCGAUUGUUGACCAUGGGCCGACGUCACCCGCUCCGACGACGCCCCCGACCCCACCACAUCACUCCUCUCUCCGUCCCACAUCGAUGCUUCUGACGCGCUCCGACUCGCUUCGCCGCGGCAACGAACCGACCCCUGUUUCGCCAGCUCUCAUCCAUGCGCAUACGGCUCCUCUUUCCAGGCCCGAUCUUGAGAAGCUCGGCCGUUCCUCGACAAACCAGCUGCGCACCUUGUCGAAACUGGCGCAGUGCGAUACAGCAGAGGAAUUUGCCAUCACUGCCCCAGCUCAAGAGGUCGUCGGUCUUAGGGGUCGGAGGAGGCUGCAGAGGACGGAUAAGACGGGCUCCAAUCGUCCCGCUCAACGGGCAGGCGGUUACGGCUGGGAGGGUAGGAACUGGAUGGAUAAGCAGCGCCAGUUUCUCCAGGCGUACGAGUACCUUUGCCACAUCGGAGAGGCCAAGGAGUGGAUCGAGGACGUUAUCCAGCGCACCAUUCCUCCCAUUGUGGAGCUGGAGGAGGCAUUGCGAGACGGCGUCACUCUCGCCGAAGUUGUCGAGGCGCUAAACCCCCAUCGCCGGUUCAAGAUCUUUCGCCAUCCUCGACUUCAGUAUCGACAUUCAGACAAUAUCGCCAUAUUUUUCCGUUAUCUUGACGAAGUUGAACUUCCGGACCUGUUCCGAUUUGAGCUCAUCGACCUGUACGAGAAAAAGAACAUCCCAAAGGUCAUCCACUGCAUCCAUGCAUUGAGUUGGCUGCUCUACCGGAAAGGCAUAGUGGCCUUCCGAAUCGGUAACCUUGUUGGGCAGCUGGAGUUCGAGCACCAUGAACUGGAAGCUACGCAGAAGGGCCUCGAUAAGCUGGGAGCUAAUAUGCCUAGCUUUGGCAACAUGGGCGCCGACUUCGGGGUUGAAGAACCCCCAGAACCCGAAGAGACCGAGGAGGAGAGGAUCGACAGAGAGCUAGCCGAAAAUGAAGCAGCAAUCGUCGACUUGCAGGCCCAGAUCCGCGGCGCCGUGCUACGAAUGCAGCUCGGCGAGACCAUGCAAUAUCUCUGGGAUUCGGAGGAUUGGUUGGUGGACUUCCAGGCGCGGAUCAGGGGCGACUUCACGCGCCAAAUUAUGGGCUAUCGACUGCAGAUGAAGCGCUUCGCCAUCGGGUUGCAAAGCGCCGCACGCGGCUUUCUCGUCCGCCGCCGACAAGCAGGGACACAACAAGUCUGGAAGAGCGUUGAGGGUGACAUCCUGAAGUUGCAGAGUCUAUUGCGGGCAAGCAAAGCCCGCCAUGAGGUACGAGAACAGCGUUCUCAGUUUAUGGUGGCAGCGGGUCCUAUUCGGGAGAUCCAAGCAACGUUUAGGGGCUUCUUGCUCCGCAAGCAGAUACACGCUCAGGAGCAGGAGGUUAAGCACACCAUCGCCCCUGUGGCACAGUUGCAGGCCGCAGCCCGUGGCUUGCUUCUAAGGAAGAAACUGGAAGAGGAACAGGCCGAAUUGCAAUCGCAGGCCCAUGUCAUUGCUGGUCUGCAGGCCGCUUUCAGGGCGGCGCUGACGAGGAAUCAGAUCGCGUUGCGGAGAGAAGCCCUCGAGAAACUAGCACCACUCUGGAAAACGCUACAAGCUGCCUGCCGCGGAAACCUUGCUAGGCGCGGUGUUGACGGGCUUACGGCUGAGUUACGAGAACACACGCCCAGCCUCGGCCUUCUCCAGGCGCACAUCAGGGCUGCUGCGGUGCGCAGGGAGAUUUCCGAGAAGCUCGAGAGCUUGGGCGAUGCUGAGGACGAGAUCUUGGCAUUGCAAUCGGCUAUCAGGGGCAUGCUGGAGCGCAGCCGCGUAUCCGACCUCCUCGAGGCUUUGGAUCAACAAGAAGACUCAAUCACCGCAUUGCAAUCUCACAUCCGCGGCUUUCUUUACCGGCAGCGGCAUCACAGCUUCCUUGACGAGCUUGGGAGACAUGAGGAGGAGGUUUCGACACUUCAGUCUCUCGCGAGGGCGAUGCUCCUACGUGACAGCGUCGCCAGAGUCCUGGAUGAGCUCGAAGAGAACGAGGAAUCCAUUGGCGAGAUUCAAGCUGCGGCCAAGGCCUUCAUCGUCCGGGCAAGGUUCGAAGAAAAGAGACGGCAUUACAACGAGAACAUGCAGAAGGUGGUUAAGAUCCAGAGCUUUGUCCGUGCCAAGCUGCAAGGCGAAGCCUACAAGAGCCUUACAUCGGGGAAGAACCCGCCGGUCAACGCUGUCAAGAACUUCGUACACCUGCUCAACGACAGCGAUUUUGACUUCAACGAAGAAGUCGAGUUUGAGCGGCUGCGCAAGACGGUGGUUCAACAGGUCCGGCAAAACGAGAUGCUCGAGCAGUACAUCGAUCAGUUGGACAUCAAAAUCGCCCUCCUCGUGAAGAACAAGAUCACCCUCGAUGAGGUCGUCAAGCAUCAAAGCAACUUCGGCGGGCAUGCCAGCAACCUCCUUGCGAACAGUUCUAUGGCCAAUAUCAAUCAAUUCGACCUCAAGGCAUUGAACAAGGGUUCCCGCAAAAAGCUCGAGUCCUACCAGCAGCUGUUUUUCGCGCUUCAGACACAACCACAGUAUUUGGCCAAACUGUUCAAGCGUCUGCGUGAGCAAGGGACUGCCGAGAAGGAAUGCAAGAGAAUUGAGCACCUUAUGAUGGGUCUCUUUGGCUACGCGCAGAAGAGGCGGGAGGAAUACUACCUCCUAAAACUCAUUGGAAGGUCGAUUCGCGAGGAAGUCGAGGCUUGCGACAACCUCCAAGACUACCUCAGAGGCAAUUUCUUCUGGACAAGGCUACUGCACAACUAUACCAGAUCGCCGCGGGACAGGAAAUAUCUGAGAGAUCUUCUUGGUCCACUGAUCAGGGACAACAUCAUUGAAGAUCCUGAGUUGGACCUUGAGAGUGACCCCAUGCAGAUCUACCGAUCAGUCAUCAAUAAUGAAGAGCUCAGGACUGGUCGACCUAGCAGCCGACCAUUGGACAUCCCACGCGAGCUGGCCAUCAAAGAUUCAGAGACAAAGGCACUCUUCAUCGACCACCUGCGCGACCUUCGCGAAAUAUGCGACCAAUUCCUUGUGGCGCUCGAGGACCUCCUCCCGCGCAUGCCGUACGGGCUCCGGUUCGUGUGCCGGCAGACUUUCGACGCUCUUUGUCAACGGUUCAAGCGGGAACCCCAAGACCGUCUGCUGCAGGUGAUCACCAACUGGCUUUGGAAGUCAUAUCUCCAGCCAGCCGUGAUGACGCCCGAGAACGUUGGAGUGAUGGACAAGCAGCUAAGCCCGCUCCAGAAGCGCAACCUGGGAGAAGUCGCAAAGGUCCUUGGCCAAAUCUUGUCCGGCAGGCAGUUUGGCGGAGACAACAUGUACCUUCAGCCUCUCAAUGCUUUCGUCGCAGAGUCCAUUGAACGCAUGGCUGAGCUGGCCACGAAUCUCAUCGCGGUACCCGAUGCUGAGAGCACGUUCGACAUUGACGAAUUCAACGAUCUCUAUGCCAAGAACAAGCCGACUCUGUACAUCAAGAUGACCGACAUCUUCGCCAUUCACAACCUCAUCGCCUCGGAGCUGCCGCACCUAAGCCCGUCCAGGGAUGAUAUGCUGCGUGAGAUCAUGCAGGAUCUCGGUAGCGCCAAGCACAACGAGAGCGAAAUGACGGCGGCAGGCUCCUCAGAUAUCCAGAUGUUCCUCACGCCCAAGCUCCACGACCUCGAAGAUCCUGAAGCGGACGUGAAGGCGCUCUUUAUGGAGACGAAGCGAUGCAUCCUGUACAUUAUUCGCGUGCAGACAGGCGCGAAUCUUCUGGAGAUCCUUGUCAAACCCAUCACACCCGAGGAUGAUCACAAGUGGGCGAUGCUCUUACGGGAGGACUUCGCGGGCGGCUCAAACACGCGCGGCGCUUAUUCGGACGCCAACAUGGUGGACGUAACCAGGAUGUCCUACGCAGACUUGAAGAGGAUGGCCCUCGAGAACGUCAUGCGGCUGGAGCAGAUGGGCCGCAUCUCGCGGCACAACCACUACCAAGAUGUCCUCAAUGCCAUUGCCGUCGACAUCCGGACCAAGAGCCGGAGGAGAGUGCAGCGGCAGCGUGAGCUCGAAGGCGUCCGCCUAACGCUUGCCAAUCUGCACGAGAAGGCCAAGUACCUGGAGCAGCAGCGAAAGAGCUACGACGACUACAUCGAGCAAGCAAUGGCCACACUCCAGAACAAAAAAGGCAAAAAACGAUUCCUGCUCCCCUUCACAAAACAGUACAACCACCAGCGCGAGCUCGAGCGCGCCGGGCGCGUCCCCAAGUUUGGGUCGUACAAGUACAGCGCCCGCGCGCUCUCGGACAAGGGCGUGCUCGUCUCGUGGCAGGGCAUCCCCGAGCGCGACUGGGGUCAGAUCAACCUGACGAUAUCGUGCGACGAGGUCGGCGUGUUCAGCAUCGAGGGCAGCCGCGGCCACAUCCAGAUGCCGGGCGCCAGCGCGCUGGUGCCCAUCGAAGACCUGCUGCAGGCGCAGUUCGAGGCGCACCAGUUCAUGAGUCUGUUUGAGGGCGGGCUGAGGUUGAAUGUCAAUCUUUUGUUGCAUUUGUUGUAUAAGAAGUUCUAUCGGACGCAGUAG